UCAAUAUUUAGCUUGUGCAAUAUAUGAUCUCAAGCUGGUGUAUUAAGAUUUAAAGCAAAUGUAUUAAGUUUUAGGUGCAAUCAACUGUAAAUGUGUAUAGAUCCCAAUUUUUUGCGUCAAGAAUUCAUACUUAAGGUUACUCAAAAUUAACAUAAAAUUUUCACAUAUACAGGAAUACUAUUUUAUACUCUUUAUGUCACAUUUUUCUACUAACCAAAAUUUAUAAUUUAUUCAAUCAAUUUAUAUUUUUCUUGUCUACUAGCCCAAAUAUAUAUUUAUAUUUUUCUGUUUCAUCACCAAUAUAUUAUAUUGCAAGUUGAUCAUUGUAAUUGGUCAGAAUAAUGAUUAGAACAGCCAUUUGUAAUUAUUAAUAAGAUCUCUAACAACCAUUUGUAAUUCAUGGUCAACUGGACAUUUGGGUAACUUCUGGGAUAUUAACAAGAUACUAUUACAACAAGUCCACAAUUUCAUCCAGAUAAUAUUACUAAGAAACAAUGGCUGAAGCAUUUGUAGCUGAUCGUGCUGCUGGACUGAUUGGCAAGAUUGUUUCACUAGCAGCUCAAGAGGUAAUUCAGGCUUGGAAUUUCAAUAAAGAUCUGGAGAAACUCGGUGUGAAAUUCGAAACAAUUGUUGCCCUCUUGGAUGAUGCUCAUACCAAGAGCAUCACCAUGCCUAGUGCCCGAAUCUGGUUCACCAGACUCCAAGAUGUAGCUCAUGACACUGAAGCUUUUAUGGAUGAACUUUCAUACGAAGUUACUCGAAGAAAUGUGGAGAAACACCGGAAGGUCAGGGAAUUCUUCAUUCCUUCUAAGAAUAGUUUAGUGUAUCGUUUCAAGGUGGCUCGUAAAAUCAAGUCUAUUCAUGCUUCUUAUGACGAUAUAUUCAAACUGGCUGGAGAUAUUGGACUUCGUCCUGCUCAGCAUUCAACUGUCCAACCGAGAGUUAUCCGCAACAAGCCUCCCUAUGAAGACACGCCAUUCAUAGUGGGGAGAGAUAACAAUAUAUCAAAUCUGGUCCAGACUGUGUGCCAAAAUAAUCAACAGGAUUUACAUGUGGUUGCGAUAAUAGGGAUGGGAGGUCAAGGCAAGACAACUCUUGCAAGCAUGGUUUUCCAUAGUGAUGAUAUCAUUAUGAUGUUCACCAAGAGGAUGUGGAUUAAUGUAUCAGAUGAUUUUAAUUACGUCAACAUAUUAAACCAAAUGCUACAAGCACUUACUUCAGAAAACGCGGGACUGGACAACAUACAAGGACUUGUCAAUAAGCUUCAGAAAGAGAUAAAUGGGGAAAAAUAUUUACUUGUGCUUGAUGAUGUCUGGAACGAGGCCUCAGAGAAGUGGGAUGAUUUAAGAAAAUCUUUGCUAGGAAUUGGUGGUGCGAAAGGAAGCAGUGUUAUAGUGACAACUCGUAAGCAGGAAGUCAUUUAUGCCAUGCGGAAUUGUGUUAGUCAUCAGUUGGAAAAAUUGCAAGAAGAUGAUAGCUAUGAAUUGUUCAAGAAAAUAGCAUUUGGAGAUGGAGGAGUUCCAGAGAAGAUGCCAUUUGUUGACUUGGGGAGACGCAUGGUGCAAAGGUGUGGCGGACUACCUCUGGCAAUAAAAGCACUUGGGGGUAUGUUACGGUAUAAGGAUUCUGAGCAAGAGUGGCGAAAGAUUGAAAACAGUGAAAUAUGGACAUCCAAAGAUGUACUCUCUUCCUUGAGGUUGUCUUAUGAUCAUUUACCUUAUCCCUCGUUGAAACGAUGUUUUGUGUAUUGCUCAGUCAUACCAAAGGAUACUCUCAUUGACAGAGAUGAACUGAUACAAAUAUGGAUGGCACUGGGAUUCCUCUUGCCUCCCUUAGGAAGUGAUGAACGGAUGGAAGAUAUUGGCAUCAAAUUCUUUGAUAUUCUGUUGUGGCAUUCUUUGCUACAAGACAUAAAGAGGGAUAAAUUAGGAAACAUUGCAAGUUGCAAGAUGCAUGAUCUAGUGCAUGAUCUUGCACUAGAUCUAUCUCAGCAUCACUCUGUAACUGUGAAGACAGGUCUUGAGCUGAACCAUGUUUCAAAGGCUACAUAUCUUAGGCUUGAUAAAAGGGUGUCAGAUAGAAGUCUACAAAUUCUGAAGACGGGCUUUGGACAGGUGCGAUCAUUACAUGCAGGGGAAGACGUUUUUCAUGAUGUACUACCUUACAUCACACACUUGACUGUUCUCGUGUUGAAUAGCGAUGGAUCUGGCCUCAUGAAUGUUGCGGAAUUGCCAGAACUGCUGCGAUAUAUGAAAUAUGUCAAACAUCUCGAUAUUUCAUGUCUCCGCUGUAAAGUAUCUGGUUACAACAUCACAGAGCUAUACAACUUGCAAACAUUGAGAGUUUGGGAUCUAGAAGAGCAUCCACAAAUGUUUUACAAGUUAAUUAACUUGAGACAUUUGUACAUUAAGAAAUAUCUUCCAAGCAGAUGCAUGUUCAACAGGAUAGAGAGGUUGACUUGCUUGCAAACGCUGCCUCAUUUUAUUGUGAGCAAAGAUCAAAACUGUGGGAUUGAACAGUUGGAAGGGCUACAUAAUCUGGGAGGCGAAGUUAAGCUUUAUGGCCUUGGUGACGUGAGAAAUAGGCAAGAAGCAAGAAAGGCAAAACUUCCUACAAAGUCGAAUAUUGAGAGUUUGUUGCUAAACUGGAAAACUGAUGAGGAUGAAAGUGCUAAUUAUAGUGAACAGGAGAGUGUACUUGAAGGAUUGGAACCUCACACAAAUACGAAAGAAUUGAUUAUUGAGUACUUUAUGGGAAAGAGGUUGGCAUCAUGGAUUACAAAGAUGAUCAAUUUGGUGGAAAUCAGAUUUAGUGAAUGCCAAAGAUGCGAAGAAUUUCCAUCAUUAGGUCACCUUCCUAAACUGAGGAAGAUGAAACUUGAAAAAUUGUAUAAUCUCAGAAUCAUCGGAAGUCAUGUUGGUCUAGCUAGUAACGGUGGGGCUGCAGAAAAUGUUACAACAAUGUAUCCGUCUUUGACGGAACUCAGAUUAUGGCAUUUGCCAAAGCUAGAAGAAUGGGUAGAACCUGAUAUGAGCAGAGACCACAUUAGCGUACAAGUAUUUCCAAAACUUGCGGUGUUGUUUAUGCAUUCAUGUCCAAAUUUGAGCUGGAUGCCUGAUAGUUGUUUUCCGUCCUUGAAGGAAUUGACAAUCACGAAUUCCAAAAUGAUACCAGAAGCAAUGAGCACAAAGGUUAGUUCUCUCAGGUCUGUACGAUUUCGAGAUAUGCAUAUUAGUGACCCUGUAGUUGAGGAGUUGUUGAAAAACAGUUCUCAAUCUUUGAGAAGUUUGGAUUUAAGUUACUGCCUGGGUUUGACACGUCUGACAUUUGGUAUCGCUCUUGAGGAAUUGAGUGUGUGGGAUUUGCCUAAUCUAACUAGUAUCCAUGCAGUCAAAGAUGAAACUUUGAGUUUGAGAGCCCUUUGUAUUGUAAAAUGCUCCUCCCUUUCAGAGUAUCCCAAAAGUGUGAGUUCCAUAAUUGAGAGAUUACAGGUAGAUAAAAUUUCACAUGUAAACAAUAUUGGAACUUCCUUUCCUGUCCUAACCACACUAAAACUAACGGAGUUUGAAAGGUCAAGAUUGGAAUUCGAUGAUCAUCACGUCUUAGCAUUGCCUGCCGUAACUCAAUUGGAAAUAUUACAUUGCACAGAGUUGAAAGCUAUCCCGGAUGCAAUAGCAGACCUUCCAUCUCUCCAGCUGUUAUCUAUCAGGAAUUGCGAGCUUGUAGAGAGUCUGCCCACUUUUCACCCUUCACACAGCAUUCAACGCCUGGAGAUGAAGAGUUGUGGUGCUCUGUACCCAGGAUACAGCACUAAGACCGCGGCAGAGCGGUACAAGAUUGGACAUAUUCCAAUUAUCAAAUGGAGAUGGUAGAUGAUGAAAUACGGCCACCUUGUGAAAGCUUCACCCCUGAUAUGCCUCAACUGUCGUUUUAUUCAUUAUGAUUUUGUAUUUCAUUCUCUUUUACUUCUGUGUUUCAAUUCCAUGAUCCUCAAGUCUUAGCAUUGCCUGUGCAAUAAAACUUCAAAUCGUCUGUCAUUUUCUUAAGGAUUAUGAUUAUUAAAUAGUGGUAUCAAUUGUCCAA